AUGAGCGCUCGGGGAAGGGGCAGUCCGGCCUUCGGUUAUAAGAAGGCGCUGAAUCCCGGGGCGCCGCGCGGAGGUCUCCGAACUCGAUCUGCUGGUUUUGUGGGGCUCUUGCUUCCCGGUGCUGUGGCUGUGGCGUACGCGGGCGCGCGGAGGCAACCGGCCAGCUGCCCUGGCCGCCCACCCCCAGCUCGCCCCUACCGCCUGGUGCAGAGGCCGCCGCCUGCCGUGCCCGCCCACGGCCCUCAAGCACUCCGGACUCUGCAGCCGUACGCGGGCCUGGGACCGGGCCUGGACAGCGGGCUGCGGCCGCGGGGGGCUCCGCUGGGACCGCUACCACCCCCACCAGGGGCCCUGGCCUACGGGGCCUUCGGACCACCAUCCUCCUUUCAGCCCUUUCCGGCGGUGCCCCCGCCGGCCCCCAGCAGAGCCCCAGCUCACGCCCUGGGCGGCAUGGACGCCGAACUCAUCGACGAGGAGGCGCUGACAUCGCUGGAGCUGGAGCUUGGGCUGCACCGCGUGCGCGAGCUGCCGGAGCUCUUCCUGGGCCAGAGCGAGUUUGACUGCUUCUCGGAUUUGGGGUCGGCGCCCCCUGCCGGCUCGGUGAGCUGCUGAGGGUGGUCGGCCCGGUGCCCCCUGGUGUGCCUGAGACAAGAAGAGGGCCUGAUUGCUCACCGGACUCCGCACCCAGACACCUGCCCGGCACGCACCCUCCGUGAGGGUGAAUGGAAGUCGCGGGUUCGUGCACGGAGACCGACACCGGGCUGGGACGCUUGGCAUCCCUCCAGGCCCUGCCUUCUGCGGGGUGGCGAUUUGCCUUCACUUCCCUGUCCUGAACUUCAGCGGUAAAGUGAAGGAGACUGGACCCGCUUUCCGACUCCGGCUUUUGGAUUCUGCGUCCCCUCUCCUCGUCCCCCAGCAGCCCCUGAAUCUGAGCCAUUGCAGGCCUCUGCCUGAUUUCCCCUUUCCCCUCGUGCAACCCACUGCCUGGGACUAGGUCUGCAGAGCCACCAUCCACAGAACUCCCGCCCCUGCUGCCCGGGCCCUGCAGUGGCUGGGGCUCCCACCUUGAGAGGAAGACUGCAGCCUCAACCCCUGCAGAGUGGAGCAGUGCCCAUCUGGCCCUCACAGCCCAAAUAAAACUAGGUCACUUUA